AUGUUUAAAACUGGCUAUAAAAGCAAAAAUACAUUGCGUCUGGUGGAGAUGUGUCCUACGAUGACCAGUUUCAGCACAGUAGUACUAAUCAUAAGCAAAUCGAAGUCAAAUAUUUUUCUGGACAAGCUCAGCCAUGAUCAACGCGGCGUUAUUACUUUUACUGUGCGUGAUUCCAAACAAGAUAUAACCCACUGCAAAUGCUGGGGCAGCAAAGCAAGCGUGGAUGAGUACCAGGCCAUGCUGCAGAUAGGCGAUGUGGUGGACAUUGUCGGCGCCAAAGUGAUGGCCCUAAUGCCGCCAGCUGCAGGCGACCAACGUUAUCAGCCACGCGGCACACUCAACUGUGCAUUGGUAGUCAAUGAUGGCCAUGGCUAUGUGGUUAAGCACAAGCCAGACGAUGUGCAGACUAUCGAGCGACUGCGUCAGCUGGCGCAGCAUCCACACAAACCUUUAAGCUCAACCUUGCGACUGGCCGAUGUGCGUUGCGCAGUGCCAGGUGCGCCAGCGGCGUAUGUGGAUUUGUUAGUUGUGCUGGCAGCAGCGCGUCCAGUGCGUGAACUUAAACGGAAAACGCCAGGACGGCAGGACAACAGCUUGCUGCAUUGCCUCGAGCUGCUGGUCAGUGAUGCCAGCUGCCCCGAGGGCAUGAUCUUAAGCCUUUGGCAUGCGGAUUGGAUACGACGCGCUCAACGCUGGCGACCCAGACAGACGCUGCUGCAUUUGAUCGAUGUUCGCGUGGCUCACUCUACCUACCAGGGCUGUCCUGUUCUCAGCUACACCAGCUGCACGCUCAUCUAUGAGCAGCCGCUGCCCCAGAGUCCAGAGUGCCAGCAGCUGCUGGCAUUUGCAACAAACAUGCCCUUGCCUAGCUUUGAUAUGCCCGGACCCACGAAUGUGGAUCAGCUACCAGCAGCUCAUGAAAUCCAAGUACCCAUGACUGUGCGCCAGAUUUAUGCGCGUGCCGAGGGUGAAUUGCAGAGCAGCACCAGCGAGCAGUUUACGGCCGUUCUCUAUGCCAUGGUAACAAAGUUUGACAUAGACGGUUUCUCCAGCUGUUUCAGCAAAAAAUGCAAGUACUGUCAGCGUCUGAUGCCUCAAAACAGCUCAGAAUGCAGCAAUGAGCUUUGCCUGCUGGAGUUUUCACUCAAUUGUAGCGGCGCACGCUAUGACUACUUCUUCAACAUUAACAUACAGUUCUCGGAUCAGACCGGCAGCUUGGUGGAAACGCGUCUCAGUGGUGGCAUCGCCGAGCAGUUGCUUGGGGUGAGUGCCAAUGCUUUUCAACAGCUUUCGGAGCAACGUAAAUCGCAGCUCAAGUGGCGUUUUUUGCUUAAAUACUUUGAAACUAAAUUAUUUAUAAGAAAGCCCAAUGCGUUGCGUAAACAAUUGACGCUUAGCGUUGUGGAUAUGCAGCUAGUUCAGUUGGAUCAGCUCAUAGACAAGAUAGCUGCCUUUUGA